AUGUGUUCUUUUGACAUGUUUGCAGUGGACACUGAUGAGGAACCGCCUAUGCCAUAUUAUGCCACAGUCACCGUACACGGACAGGAUGUCAAGUCUGAGAUUGAUUCAGGAGUGACCACAUCAGUCAUCAGCGAGAAGACCUACAGGAGGAUGUGGAGGUCCAAGCCACCACCCCUGACUCCAUCAAAGCUCCAGCUAAGGACAUACACCAGUCAGCCCAUACUCCACCUAGGAGUGUUAAAGGUGAGCAUCGCAGUGGGAAAUCAGAAGGCUGAGGGGAGUCUAGUAGCGGCCAAGGGUAGUGGUCCCAGUCUGUUGAGCCGUGACUGGCUCAGGAAAAUUAAGCUUAAUUGGCAUGAGCUUGAGCGCUUACAGGCACUGGGCAUCAUUGAGCCAGUCCAGUUCUCCAAGUGGGCAGCUCCCAUUGUUCCUGUUAUAAAACCUGACAAAACAGUGCGAAUAUGUGGGGACUAUAAACUUACCGUGAACCAGGUCUCAAAGCUGGAGGAGUACCCGUUGCCAUGGGUGGAUGACCUGUUUGCAACCCUGGCAGGGGGCAAGUCGUUUAAAAAACUGGACAUAAGCCACGCCUAUCAGCAGCUGUUGCCAGACGAUGAAUCCAAGGAGUUUGUCACAAUAAACAUGCACAAGGGAUUGUUUAAGUACAACCGCCUGGUGUUUGGAGUGGCGUCCAGCCCCGCCAUUUUCCAAAGGACAAUGGACAGUCUGUUGCAAGGCAUCCCACAUGUAGCAUGCUACCUGGAUGAUCUGCUCAUUACGGGUGCUACCAAGGCCGAGCAUCUCAGCAACUUGGAGCAGGUGCUACAAAGACUCUCAGAUGCAGGGCUGAGACUGAAAAGAGACAAAUGCAUGUUCAGCAUGAGCGUCACUUACCUGGGACAUAAGAUAACAGCCGAGGGUAUCUGCCCAGUGGAAGACAAAGUGAGAGCUGUCAAGGAAGCCCCGAGCCCCAAGAACGGCACCGAACUCAGAUCCUUUCUUGGGAUGGUGAAUUACUACGGCAAAUUUCUGCAGGACCUUUCAAAGGUCUUGGCGCCGCUGUACAAACUACUGCACAAUGACACAAAGUGGCAGUGGUGUGACGAGCAAGAGAAGGCUUUCAAUGAAGUGAAAGAACUGCUCCAUUCAGCAAAACCGCUUGUGCAUUUCGAUCCAGACAAGGAGGUGACCCUCUCAUGUGACGCCUCACCGUAUGGUGUAGGGGCAGUGCUGUCGCACGUAAUGGAAGAUGGAUCAGAGAAGCCUAUUGGCUUUGCUUCAUGCAUGUUGACGACUGCGGAAAAGGGGUACUCACAGCUAGACAAGGAAGGUCUGGCAAUUGUGUUUGCUGUUAAGCACUUCCAUCAGUACCUCUACGGCUAUCCUUUCAAAAUCCAUACAGACCAUAAACCACUGAUGAGUCUGUUUGGCGAGACACGUUGCAUCCCACCACUUGCCUCCACCCGAAUCCAACAUUGGGCACUAACAGUGUCAGCCUACCAAUACACCAUAGUGUACAGAGCAGGAAAAGACAAUGCAAAUGCUGAGGCACUCAGUCGCCUGCCAUUGCCCGAGACGCCAGUCACCACUUACAUGCCUCCACAGACUGUCUUUUCGUUAGAGAAGUUGUCGGAAACACCAGUGACUGCAUCCCAGGUCAAGCAAUGGACCGAGCGAGACCCUGUCCUGUCCAAGGUAAAGCCUUACCUGCUACAAGGCUGGCCCGCGGUGAUAGAGAGUGAGGAUUUGAGGCCUUAUGUGAAAAGAAAGACAGAACUGAGCUUACAAGAUGGUUGCAUCUUCUGCGGGACGAGGGUCGUCGUACCUCCUCCAGGCCGCUCACAGAUCAUGGAGGAAGUGUUGGGAAAGUUGCAUAAGACACAUCCAGGUGUGUCUAGGAUGAAAAGUCUUGCAAGAUCCUACAUCUGGUGGCCAAGAAUGGACUUAGACCUGGAAAACAAGGUGAAAUUAUGCUCACAGUGUCAGGCCAAUCAGAAAAUGUCGCCACCAGCUCCCUUGCAUCCAUGGGAGUGGCCAGACCGUCCCUGGUCUAGAUUACAUCUGGACUUUGCAGGGCCCUUCAUGGGGCAGAUGUUUCUUGUCAUGGUCGACGCCCACUCUAAGUGGAUAGAAUGUCACAUCAUGGGCAACAUAACAGCUCCCUCAACCAUUGAGAAACUCAGACAAGUGUUUGCAGUUCAUGGUCUACCUGACACCCUAGUCACGGACAAUGGUCCAAGCUUCACAAGUGAGCUGUUCAGUGACUUCAUGCAACAGAAUGGAAUCUGUCACAUUUGUACAGCUCCUUUCCAUCCAGCAUCAAAUGGACUGGCGGAACAUGCUGUCCAGACAGUGAAGGAAGGUUUGAAGCACAUGACAGGUGAUUCUCUGAGUACUAGACUCUCACAUUUCCUGUUCAAGUACCGCCUCACACCUCAGACCACUACUGCACGUACACCAGCAGAGAUGUUGAUGGGCCGUAGGCCUAAGUCAAGGCUAGAUCUGCUUCGCCCUGACUUGAAAGCAAAGGUAGCGAGAAAGCAAGAAAAGCAGAAGGAGAGCCACGAUCUUCAUGCGAGAGAGAGACUGCUGAAAGCAGGUGACAGUGUCUAUGUGAAGAAUUUCUGCAGUAACUCCAAGCAGCAAUGGCUUCCUGGGGUUAUCCUGACACAGAAUGGUCCCGUCUCCUAUGUCAUCAAACUGACAGAUGGACGAGUGUUCCGCAGGCAUCAGGACCACGUUGCGGCUGUGUCAUGA